GUUCAAGAAGCGAAAGAGGUACAACACUCGCCAGAGCCUCAAAAGCAUUUCUCUCUCGAUCAUUGCGGCAAUGAAUGGGGAUGGCUCUAGGACUCACCAGAACGGGGUUUUGACUAGGAGAAGUUUUCGUUCUCGACGCUUUUGGGAAUGAAGGUGGAGGUGGAAGAGAUCUGCUUGGUUCCUCCGGAGAUCAACAAGCCCGGCAAGGCUCUUCUCUCGCCGUUAGCUCACUUCGCCUGGGAGGUACAGUAUCGCACUCGGUUUCUCUUUUUCGAGCGUCCUUCAGUCAAGGAAGGUGCUUGUUUUGAUGCGCUAAUAGUGAGGCUCAAGGCCGGCCUUCGCAAAGCACUGGGGGCCUUCUAUCUUGUCGGAGGACGUCUCGUUGUCCGAGAAGAUGAUCUCAUGGAGGUGGACUGUAACGGCGACGGCAUCAUGUUUAUCAGAGCCAGCUCCGACGUUGGGCUCGGGGAUCUGAGCUACAGCGAUGGUGAUUUCCAGCUUCCUGACGAGGAUCUAUCGAGCUUGGCGCAGACUGCCGGGCAUGUUCUCAACUGGCCCUGGCCUUCAGACGCCCCUCUCCUCUUCAUCCAGGCUACUCGAUUCUCUUGCGGUGGUCUGUGCAUCUCGAUCAAGUUUAAUCACCAGGUGAUGGAUGGGACGAGUGCAUGGCACUUCUGGAAAUCCUGGGCGGAAGUUUGCCGUGGACAAGAGAUAUCACUGUUACCAGUCUGGAGCGACCAGCCGAUCAAAGUUCUUCCUCCUCGUCCGACACUUGACAAGCUCGAGAUUCCACACUACUUGAGGCGGGCUCCAAAGCAAGCAGUGCUGUCUGCCACACUAGAAGAUCCAACAAAGUAUAGCAACAGAUGCUUCGUGUUCAAGGCGGAAGUUCUCGCAAGGCUCAAGGAAAAAGAUCCCGGAUUUACAACCUUCCAGCUCCUGACGGCUCACUUGUGGGAGAAGAUCACUGUCGCUCGCCAGCUUCAUGGGUCCACAGCCAUGUUCUUUGCGGUGAAUUGCCGCAAGAGGUUCCGGUGGCUGGAUCCGGGUUACGGAGGCCAGGGCGCUCUCAUUAUCGGCACUACUCCACUGCCAGCUUCUCAAGUAGGCCGUGAUGGACUGGCACUGCUUAGAAAAACGAUCCAGGAAUUCACUGAACAGCAGGCUACGCGAUUCUGCGAGCUCGUGGAGAUGCUUGCGUCGGACGAGCAGCACCGAAUUGGCUUGACUUUAACCAAGAAUGACGUGAUUGUGGGGAGCUCGUUCUACUUCCCGGUGUACGAGGACUUUGGAUUCGGCAAGCCGGUGGGGAUGGCAGCUGUGGCGGUCCCAAACGAUGGGAGGAUGUACUACUUCCCAGGGAGAGACGAGGGCAGCGUUGCUGCGUAUGUGUCUUUGAGAGACGAUGCUAUGGACAGACUCUUGGGCGAUUCCACGCUCAUGAAUCCUUGACAAAGUUAUAAACAAGUUGGUAUUUGGGAUGAAAGAGAUUAUUCUUUAGAGUCAUCCUAAACCAUGCUAAAUACAUGAGUUGGCAUUUUGGAAA